UGUUGUACGGAGUGGAUUUUAGUAUCUGUUGCUCACGACCUGGAUUACAAACAAAACAAUGGAUGGUAUCAAGCUUUACAAAGCAUCCGUUAAUACUACGCUAGAUAGGAAUUGAUUAUUUAUCAAGCGCGUAACAGAAAUCAAAGAUAAGAAGGUUUACAGCGUUCUUUCAUUGUAAAAAGGCAACUUGAUCUGGGGUGUGCACGCGCUGGGUUGAAGGCUUAUUGUUGGACUCCCUUGGAUGUUUUAUUACCAACUUUCUUUUCAUUUUGUGAACAAACAUGCCACAGACAACGCCAUAUUCAGGCAAAUUCAGCCCUAGUUCUUACAACAGCGGUCAUGAUCAUCGACAGCCAGUGGAGGAAAACUAUGGAGGUUUACAAUACCGGGAUAAUAAGCUUGUGUCAGGGUCUCUAGAAGCCCUGGUCCAACUGCUCGUCCCUACUGUGGACUAUUGUCCUGAUAGAUCUUACAUCUUCACCUUCCUGCUAAGCUCCCGCCUCUUCCUGCAUCCGUUCGAACUUAUGUCGCGUGUUUGUUACCUUUGUGUGGACCAUUACAGAGUUGGUGACCCACAGACAGAUAAGAAACGAAUACGGGAAAUAGCACCGAAAAUCGUGCAGCUGCUCACGGAAUGGACAGAGACCUUUCCGUACGACUUCAGGGACGAGCGAAUGAUGCGCAGCCUGAAAGAGAUGACCCAUCGUCUUGCCUUUGGAGACGAGCUGUCACGGAGGGCCAUGCAGAGACUCAUUCAGCGGCUCUUGCGCAAACUGACCACCCUCGGGCAGUACGAAGAGUCGCUGGCAACAAUCAGCGCAGCCGCCGCUUUGGACAGACCCGUCGCCUUAAAGUCCAAGCAGCAGUUGGUACGCAGAGAUGACUGCGUUUUGAAUCUCUGUGACGACCCUUUCGUCGUAGCCCAGCAACUUACACACAUUGAGAUGGAGAGGCUCAGUUAUAUUGGCCCUGAAGAAUUUGUGCGAUCGUUUGUUCAGAAGAGACCCUCAGACAACCAGAAGAGCUUCUUCAGCAAAAGAAAGUCGACUAACUUGGAGGCUUACGUUGAAUGGUUCAACAGACUAAGCUACCUUGUAGCCACAGAAAUUUGCAUGCCUGUGAAGAAGAAACACAGAGCAAGAGUUUUGGAGUUCUUCAUUGAUGUGGCACAGGAAUGCUUCAACAUUGGCAACUUCAACUCCCUGAUGGCCAUUAUUACGGGGAUGAACAUGAACCCUGUGUCCCGGCUAAAGAAGACCUGGAACAAAGUCAACACAGACAAAUUUGACAUCCUUGUGCACCAAAUGGACCCAUCCAGCAACUUCUAUAGCUACCGCACUGCACUACGUGGAGCGACUCAGAGAUCAACCACAGCACACACAAGCCAGGAAAUGAUUGUUAUCCCAUUCUUCAGCUUGUUCAUCAAAGACAUCUACUUCCUGAAUGAAGGAUGUGUCAAUAGAUUACCUAAUGGCCGCAUCAAUUUUGAGAAAUUUUGGGAGUUGGCCAAGCGGGUGAGUGAGUUCCUGUCAUGGAGGCAGGUGACAUGUCCCUUCGAGAGAGACAGGAAGUUGCUACAGUAUCUUAUCAGCGUGCCAGUAUUUACCGAGGAUGAGCUCCAGCUCGCUUCAUAUGAAAGCGAAGGUCCAGAAAACAACUUGGAGAGGGACACUCGCCGUUCGCUCAGGUCAUCUCUUAGCAGAAUGUAAACGGCAACCUUGGGAUUGGGUUCCUGUUGGCACUAAAGACUCUGAAGGGCGUAAUCAAGGUGUUUGUUUGUUUGUUUGUAUGUUUGCGUUUAUUAUUGAAUUUGAGGCUGGACUCUCAUUGUGACAGUAAAACUAUGCUAAAAAACAUAUUCAUCUCAUGAACCUCAAGUACCGUAAUGAAAUGCUAGAAAAUCUGAAUUAAGAGCAUUAAGAGCAUGUUGCUGGCUGACCUGUUCUUUUACACGUUUUUGCAAUUAUUUUUGCUCUUGGUAAAAGGUAUUACGUCUUUGUGUACUGAACAUAUUUGUUACAAUAUGAAAAUAUAUUUUUGUGUAUAAUAGUUGGAUGUUGUGUCAGUGUACGUGUUUUUCCUAUAAAGAAAUCUCUGAAUUAAGUUGA